GCUUUGCAAUAACUCCUCUCCUUCCACACCCUCUCCAGCUGUUCCCCUUCUUCCACCUCCUCCUUUCCAACCUUUCUUCUUCCCCUUUUGUCUCUGCAACUCCUCUUACAUUCCAUGGCUUCUCUCAAAACCAUCUCAAUCUUUCUUACUGCAUAGACUUCAACACCGAUCUUCUUUCUCCACCGUAAAGAGAGACAUCAUUUUCCUUAUUUUUCUUCAAGCAUUUAGAUGCAAGAGACUGAAAGGAAGGAGACAUAAAGCCAGUAUCUUAUAGAUCUUAGCUCUCCAAGUUGUUUUCUUUUUUUUUCCUUUUCUCUUUCUUCAUGUCUCUUUGGAUCUUCUCUCUCUAAACUGAGGUCUCUUUAGAAGAAGGAAGAAGUUAGGGUUUUGUGAAGCUAAAAUAUGCCCGCCGGCAUCAUGAUUCCGGCGAGACACAUGUCAUCGUUGGUCGGUAGGAACUCCGGAAUGAGCUUCGGCAACUCAUCGGCGCUGACUCUUGGGCAGAUGCAGACCGACAUAUUAGAAACUCAGCAGCUCCCAUUCCAACACCAGCUCAUAGAAGUGCAUACUCCGCCAACCACGACGGCGGAAAGCGAGAUCAUGAGAGCUGGAGAAGACGACUUAGAGAGCAAAUCCGGUAGCGAGAACAUUGAAGGCGCAUCCGGUGACGAACAAGAUCCUAACCAGCGGCCGAGGAAGAAGAGGUAUCAUCGGCACACACAGCACCAGAUUCAAGAGAUGGAGAAUUUCUUCAAAGAAUGUCCUCAUCCAGAUGACAAGCAAAGGAAGGAACUGAGCAGGGAGCUAGGGUUAGAGCCAUUGCAAGUCAAGUUCUGGUUUCAGAACAAGCGUACACAAAUGAAGACCCAGCAUGAGAGACAAGAGAAUGGACAAUUAAGGGCUGAUAACGAGAGGCUUCGUACAGAGAACCUCCGAUACAAGGAAGCUUUAAGCAAUGCCUCGUGCCCCACCUGCGGCGGCCCAGCCGCCCUGGGUGAGAUGUCCUUCGAUGAACAUCACCUCAGAAUUGAGAAUGGGAGGCUAAGAGAGGAGAUUGACAGGAUAUCAGGCAUAGCAGCAAAAUACGUAGGGAAACCAAUGGGCUCUCUCCCCCUCCUCUCCCCCUCCAGCACCUCUCGUUCUCCUUUAGACCUCGGCAUUGGUGGAUUCAGCACAGUUCAGCCGACAGGCCUCGCCGGAGGUGAUAUUUAUCGAUCCGGUGAGUUCCUAAGGUCUGUUUCUGGCCAGCCAGAGAUCGACAAGCCGCUGGUGAUUGAGCUGGCGGUGACUGCCAUGGAGGAACUCAUCAGAAUGGCCCAGCUUGGAGAGCCUUUAUGGAGUCCUGGACCAGACGGAGCUACAAGUACUCUCAAUGAGGAAGAGUACAUGCAGAAUUUUCCAAGAGGGAUUGGACCAAAUCCCUUUGGAUUGAGGUCCGAAGCUUCAAGGGAGACUGCUGUGGUCAUCAUGAAUCAUGUUAAUCUUGUUGAGAUUCUCAUGGAUGCGAAUCAAUGGUGCACAAUGUUCUCUGGCAUUGUGUCAAGGGCGAUGACGCUUGAUGUGCUGUCUACUGGAGUUGCUGGAAACUACAAUGGAGCUUUGCAAGUGAUGACAAGUGAAUUCCAAGUUCCAUCUCCACUUGUUCCAACUCGAGAGUGCUAUUUCAUUCGAUACUGUAAACAACAUCCUGAUGGUACUUGGGCAAUCGUAGAUGUUUCCUUAGACAGUCUUCGCCCGAGUCAAGUAAUGAAAUGUCGUCGAAGGCCUUCAGGGUGUUUGAUUCAAGAAAUGCCUAAUGGCUACUCCAAGGUGAUUUGGGUGGAACAUAUUGAAGUUGAUGAUAGGUCAGUUCAUAAUCUAUACAAGCCAUUGGUGAAUUCAGGACUUGCAUUUGGUGCAAAACGAUGGGUGUGUACUUUAGAUCGACAAUGUGAACGCCUUGCAAGUGUCAUGGCUAACAAUAUUCCUUCAGGAGAUAUUGGAGUGAUAACAACAUCUGAGGGGAGAAAAAGCAUGCUAAAAUUAGCUGAGAGAAUGGUGAUUAGCUUCUGUGGAGGAGUGAGUGCAUCAACAACUCAUCAAUGGACAACAUUAUCUGGAAGUGGAGCUGAAGAUGUGAGGGUGAUGACUCGAAAAAGUUUGGACGAUCCAGGAAGGCCUCCUGGAAUUGUCUUAAAUGCUGCAACUUCUUUUUGGCUACCUGUGGCGCCAAAGAGGGUGUUUGAUUUUUUAAGAGAUGAGAGUUCUCGGAGCGAGUGGGAUAUACUCUCCAAUGGUGGUGUAGUCCAAGAAAUGGCUCAUAUAGCCAAUGGUCGUGAACAUGGAAACUGUGUCUCCCUCCUCAGAGUUAAUAGCACAAAUUCAAGCCAAAGUAACAUGUUGAUACUCCAAGAAAGCUGCACAGACCUGACUGGUUCCUAUGUGAUAUACGCUCCAGUCGACGUCGUGGCAAUGAAUGUCGUCCUCAAUGGCGGCGAUCCAGACUACGUUGCCCUCUUGCCUUCGGGCUUUGCAAUCCUUCCAGAUGGCUAUGAUGGGGUUAAUGGUGUUGGAAGUGGAAUUGAGGAAGUGGGAUCAGGUGGUUCAUUACUUACAGUGGCAUUUCAGAUUUUAGUUGAUUCAGUGCCGACAGCGAAGCUUUCUCUUGGUUCAGUUGCGACGGUUAACAACCUCAUUGCUUGUACUGUGGAAAGAAUUAAGGCUGCAAUGUCUGGAGAGAGUGCUCAGGAUUAAUGAAGAUUUAAGUCUUAAAGAGGGAACAAUGGACGAAAUUUUUGAGACAUUGGAAGCAGUCAAGAACGCACCUCAGACUCUCCUUGAAAUAUGAUGUAUUUGUGCUACUGGAAUCAAAUUUCUAAAUAGAGAUCACAAAAUUACAUUUGUGAGGGUGCUGGUUCGGGUAUUGACUCUCCUUUCUUUCCCUCCCUCCCGCCCUCCAUGUAUCUCUUUUCUCUCUAUACCUUUGCAAAAAACUACGUUUAUUUCCUUUUAAUUACUACCAUUGCUUUCUUAACUUCUCUCUU